AUGAUCGCAACCCUUGCCAGCAAUACGUUAGGAAUCCUGCGCCACUUCCGUUCUUCUUCUUCUUCUUCUUCUUCUUCUUCCUACUCUCUAGAUAUCAAGUUUCAUGCCCUAACCUCCAUCAUGGAUUCCAUUAACAGUCACGGAAGCUCAUCUUUCUCCACCUCUGCUCGUUCUUCUAGAAGUGGUGGUUCAUCAAUGACAGAAAGCCAUGGAAGGUCAAGGGGCCGAGGUGGAGGUGGAGGUGGGCAAGAUAGAAUUGAUGCUCUUGGCAGGCUCUUGACCCGUAUCCUGCGACAUAUGGCUUCUGAGCUGAAGUUAAAUAUGAGGAGUGAUGGGUAUGUCAAAGUUGAAGAUCUAUUGAGACUCAACAUGAAAACAUUUGCCAAUGUUCCAAUAACUUCUCAUACAAUUGAUGAUAUUAAGGAGGCUGUGAGAAGGGACAAUAAACAGAGGUUUAGCUUGCUUGAAGAGAAUGGGGAGCUUUUGAUUCGUGCAAACCAAGGUCAUACUGUAACGUUGGUUGAGACAGAAAGUUUACUUAAACCCAUCCUCUCACCUGAAGAAUUUCCUGUUUGUGUGCAUGGAACCUACAGAAAGAAUUUAAAAUCAAUAUUGGAGACUGGUCUUAAACGCAUGCAAAGGCUACAUGUCCAUUUCUCUUCUGGAUUACCAACCGAUGGUGAAGUAAUUAGUGGAAUGAGGAGGGAUGUGAACGUGUUGAUAUUUCUUGAUACUAGGAAAGCUAUUGAAGGGGGGAUGAAGCUUUACAUAUCGGACAACAAGGUGAUCUUAACAGAAGGUUUUGAGGGUGUUGUCCCAGUCAAGUAUUUUGAGAGGAUAGAAUCAUGGCCAGAUAGGAAGCUUAUACCUUUUUAAUACACUCUCAUCCCCUAAAAUUUAGCAUCAUGAUUUCGGAUAACCCACCCACAUUACAUUUAAUUGUCAUACUACUUAAAUGAAACUCAUUAAAUAGACUUUUACCGGAAAUGUGGAUAAAUCAAUAGGUA